ACACAAAGUCAUAAAUUUCUUCAUCUUCUCCAAAUGGAUGUUUACGAGAGUGGUUUCGUAUCCGAAACUCCACAAAGUGAAGAAGUGAUGGACGUAAGGAAAGGUCCAUGGACAGAAGAAGAAGACUUCACGCUCAAGGCGUAUGUUCGUGUUCAUGGUGAAGGUCAAUGGAAUUCGGUUGCUCGCUUAUCAGGUUUAAAAAGAACCGGAAAAAGCUGCAGAUUAAGAUGGCUGAACUAUUUGAGACCAGAAGUGAGACGUGGGAACAUCAGUCUCCAAGAACAGCUAUUGAUUCUUCAACUCCAUUAUCGAUGGGGCAACAGAUGGUCGAAAAUCGCACAACACUUGCCUGGGAGGACCGACAACGAGAUAAAGAACUAUUGGAGAACACGAGUCCAGAAACAGGCAAAGCAGCUUAAAUGUGACGUUAACAGCAAACAGUUCAGGGACACCAUGCGUUACGUUUGGAUUCCCCGUCUAAUUGAACGAAUCUGUGCUUCAUCUGAAUCACCCUCGGGUCAACCCUCCACCACCGCCUACAGCAACAUAACCACCGAUCAGAUCACCUAUGAAAAUACAAGUGGAUCGGUCCAAGUCGACCCGAGUGUCUUGCCCGAGUUAUCAGGCACUUCAUCAGACGUUUCGAACAACCGAAUAGCUUGCAAACCAGGUCCGGUUUAUGCUCGGAAAUUUUGUGGAAUAUUGAUGGUGGAGACUACAUGGAGAGUGUGUGGAAUGAAGAGAAUAUUUGGUUCCUAAGACGGCAGCUUUAUGACGAUGAUUUGAAUUAGCUUACCUGACGCAUCAUUAUAUCAAGCUUUAUAUUUUAAACCUUUUUCACCAUUUUGUUGGCAUCAUAUAGAGUAUCCAACAGUAAACACCACAAAAUCUGAAG